CACAGAGGCCAGUAGCAGCAUUUGUCGACAAACGAAGCUAAGCAGCUAGCAGUUUCAACACCUUUCACUGCGGUGUUAAACUAGCCAGUUUAUUUAUCAUUUGUGCUGUUGGAGAAAAGACUCUUCAUCGCCGACGCUCAGGUCUUCAAUCAAAAACGAGAUGGCUGCAGAUUGGUUGGGCAGCUUAGUGUCAAUAAAUUGUGGGGCAACACUGGGGGUCUAUCAAGGAGAGGUGUCAUCUGUGGACCAGUCCAGCCAGACCAUCUCCCUCAGACAGCCCUUCCACAAUGGUGUCAAAUGCCCCGUCCCUGAGGUCACUUUCAGUGCCAUGGAUAUUAAGGAGCUAAAGAUUUUGGACAUCCGGAAUGGCAGUGGUGGGAACAGCUCUUCUGCACCUACAAAGGUAAGCAGUGCUCCAGUUGCGGUCCCCAGGGUUGACCCCAGGUCUCAGGAAAAACUGAACUCCCCACAACACUGCUCAAAAAGUUAUGGAGAGCGUCAUCUGGACAUACCCGGUCAACCGAAAGGAUUUCGCCGAAGACAUAACUCCUGGUCGUCUAGUAGUCGAGGGGCAAACCAGGUCACUCCCAAGAAAAAUGGGGUGAAAAAUGGUGGUAACCAGAUGAAGCACAGGGAUGAUGAAUGUUUUGGGGAUGGCGUGGAUGACGAACUGGAUACUGACUUUGAUUUUGAGGGAAACUUGGCUCUGUUUGAUAAAGCAGCAGUUUUCUCGGAGAUUGACACAUCGGAGCGUCGUGGCAAUGGCGCAAGGUCACGUGGUACACCGCAAGAGCAGACACCCUCACGUUACCGUCAUGACGAGAACAUUCUGGAGGCCAAACCCAUUGUAUACAGACAGAUUACUGUACCACAGCCUGGGGCCAAAGAAUACUGCACUGACUCUGGCCUCUUUGUACCCAGUAUAUCAUAUGAACUACACAAACGUCUGCUGUCAGUCGCAGAGCGGCACGGUCUCUCGCUGGAGCGGAGGCUAGAGAUGACAGGGGUGUGUGCUAGCCAGAUGGCUCUGAUGCUGCUGGGGGGCCCCAACAGGCUGACUCCCAAAAAUGUACACCAGCGUCCCACAGUCGCCCUGCUGUGUGGCCCUCAUGUUCAGGGGGCCCAAGGCAUCAGUUGCGGUCGUCACUUGGCCAAUCAUGAAGUGGAGGUCAUUCUGUUUCUGCCAAAUUUUGUCAAGAUGCUUGACUCGGUCACCAGUGAGCUCGCACUCUUCAGCAAGACCGGUGGCAAACAGGUGUCAAGUAUUAAAGACCUUCCAGAUACCCCGGUUGACCUAAUCAUUAACUGCCUGGACUGCCAUGAGAACACGUUCCUGAUGGAUCAGCCGUGGUACAGAGCAGCUGCAGACUGGGCAAACCAGAAUCGAGCACCCGUGCUCAGCAUAGACCCUCCUGUGAGUGGACAAGGACAGGCAGUGGAGGCCAAGUGGUCCCUCUCUCUCUGCCUCCCCCUCCCCCUGGCUGAGGGGGCUGGCAGGGUUUACCUCUGUGACAUCGGGGUGCCUCGCCAGGUGUUCCAGGAAGUGGGCAUCAAAUACCAUUCUCCUUUUGGGUGCAAAUUUGUCAUCCCCUUGCACUCUGCAUAGUGGGCCAGAUGGUCAAUAAGACAGAUUGAAUUUUUCACCAUCCUUAACCAUUUGGGUUUGGGGGCCUUAUAUUUCAGAGCUUCAAGUGUUUUACCACUCACUCAUUUUACUCUUAAAGCAGCUGCAUGAGUCUGGGACUUAUCCUUCAUACUUUAGGACCACUGUUUGGUACAUCAUUUUUACAAGGACUCAGUAUAUGUGGAUGGGAUGAAAGAGCAUUCAAUUCUGGAUUUUUACUGAUCAACAGAUGGCUUGUUUAUGACCACACUUAAAACUUCUCCUUUACAAGCUGCAGUAGUAAUGUAGGAACCAUUGUGUUUACACAAUUUUAUGAGAUAGAUGAGAGGACGGAUAAUUGACAAAAAUAGAACUAUAUCCUAGAGAAAUAAUACAGCACAGUGUUCACUGCAUAAAAUGCAAUAAUUGUUAAUAAUUGUUCUGACUUAAACUUGCAUUGACAAGUUCCGAGUCUUAGCAUUAUGUAAUUGCAGUGCAGUCUAUCGAUUGAACAAUCAGUGAGCCACCAUGUAAUGCAUGGUAAUACAAUGUUGCAACAUUGAUCUAGGGUUGACCACAGAAGUGCAGCUUAGAAAUGUUAUCUGUGCCCCUUUAUUUGAUGGCAUUGCAUAUUUUCUGCCAAACUUGCAACACUUCCAUGUUGUUGGACAUUUUCUGUUUUGGGGAUAGCUAAUACCUUUGCAAAAUUGUGAUAUUCACCAGGAAUUCCAUUCUUGAUGUCUAAAGUAAACAUUAGAUAUUUGGCUUUUAUAUAACUAAUGCCAUGACUACAGAUUAAACUAAUGUUGUAUGGGGCAGCUAAUGGAGAGAUGUCUUCUCUCCAAAUAUGACCAGUUUUGUUUAUUCAUGGUAAAUCAGGAAGUGAUGACAGUGGCUCCAUUUAGAUGACAAGUACUGCAAAACCUCUUGCAUCUAGCCUUUUAUCAGUGGUUUAAAAGAAAAAAGUUUAUUAACUGAGUUUUGGUACUAAGGUAUCAGUUAAGUUUGAAUCCAGGUGGAUGACACUUAAAUUUCAUGCUAAACCUUGUAGGUUAGAGGGAUAACUGCCUUUGUAGUGAAUGUUGUAUGAGCUGAUAAUCUAAGUAUCAAUAACUAGCAUUUUCCAAAGGAUAAAUGCUCUUGUAUGUGACUCUUAAUUCGUGCGAGUCCUUAUCUACAUCUAACAAAAGAUUUUAAGACAACAUACUGCACUAAGGAGUAUCCUCUUUGAACAAAUUUGACUGGGAUUUUGUUUUUUUGUUGUUGUUUUUUUUUCUCAGUUUUCUUUUAAUGAACAUAUAUAUGUAUAAUUGGAUAUAUUAUCAUAAGCAUACAUUAUCCAUAUUGUGGGUUAUGUAUGUUUAUGAAUGUGACUGUAGCUGGUAAUCACUAUUGAUCUAAGUUAGUGGUAAGUGAGGAGCUCACCAUUUUCUCUGCCUUCUGAAGCCUUGAGAGAGAUGUUUCCUCUUAUAAAAUUACAUCUCCAGUUUGUUUUUUACCCGUGAAAGCAGAAACCUCCACCCUGGUGCUUCUGAUUCAAAACCACACCAGGCUGACAUUUGGUUUUCUUACAGAAUCUAGGCAACAAUGUCCGGGUUAACAAAUAGGAUAUGUUUUAUAUGCACAUCAACCAGUCCUGACUUGAGGGGUGAAUCCUGUCUUAAGGAGGUCAGUGUUGUCAGGAAACCACUGAAUUUGAACAGCUGAGACUACAUACAUACAAGAUACAAAUCAAGGUAUCUUUGUUGUACUGUGUGGUAUGUCCAUAGCUGGCCUCGUUAAAUGUGUCAUCUCCAGAGUUUCGGAUUAAUAUUGUCAUGGUAUGUCAUUUUUUAUCUGUGUACACUAGUCUGCACAUAGCUCAUGCACUGAUUACGUGAAAAUAGUUUCUGUGGACAAAGCUGCUGCCUGUUUGAAACAUUCCACCGGCGUGAUGUGCACCUCACAUCUGUUCAGGCAAGCCUGAAAAAAAGGUCAACAAGUGUUACUGGGUAUGUCGGACAGGGAGUGAGUUUCUGGGUUGUCGUUGGCCGCCAGGGGGCAGUGAAACCGCACCUCUGAUGGCUCGGCACCUCUUCCGUUAUUCUGCAACAGAGACAACUCUGUGUUUCACACUUUUCUCUCAAUGAACAGUGUAAUUUCUUUACGAAAUGUGAACAGUCGGAUCAGAUGUUCGUCUUAUUUUUGUUUCCAAAGAAUUUUUCUUGUUUAUUGAAUUAGUUUUUAUGUUUUUUCAGUUCUGCAGGAGAUCACCAUUCAUGAUCGGCUUUCAGUUCGGUAAAAUCGCAUGAUUUACCUAUGGCCAAUUUUGUGUCGACAGUUUGACUGUAGAGCUGUUUCCUUUGAGAUUUAUGUUCACUGUCGUAGUUAAGUUACUUGUGCAAAAUACUGUACAACCCUGCUUUGUUAUGUCUGCAAGUCAAAACAAUUAAAGUUUUCUCCAUUCGCCAUUAA